AUGACGCAACCCCCGUGCCCCGACAACAAUAUUUUCGGCCAAGCUGCAGCGCACGAGACCCAUCGCCAAUGCUCGCGUAAUUGGAAAUUGGCGCUGCACCUGCGAAUUCAAGCGAACAAUUCGCGUUUCCCGAGCCUCAUCCCGAUUCUCGCAGCCACCUGUGAUCAAUUAACUCUGAUCGGCUCUCUUUUCUCGUUUUGUGCAAUCGAAUCGGCGCCAACUCAAGCGAAUCACCUCUCCUUGGCGGCACUCUUUUUGCAAAUCGACCAUUCUCCUGAUUUUCGAGAACAAAACUGUGAAUUGGUGUUGGCGCAA